AUGGACUCAAAUGAAAAGACAGUAAGAUCCCUUUGGAAGUAUCCCCACCGUAUUUUUGCCAUAUUGACAUUCAGCAAGAAAAAGAUCGUCGGCGCAGACGAGUAUCAGCAAGCUCGGGCGCAUCUUCUCAAGCAAGAAAAGGAAGCUACACAGUUAUUGCAGAGACUAGCCGCCUCACGCCGAGAACUUCCUAUGGUGCAAAUCUCCAACCCGGAUCGAUUCAAAUUCGACACUCCCGAAGGAGAAAAAAGCCUUGUAGAUAUCUUCGAUGGCCGUAACCAACUGAUCAUCUACCACUUCAUGCUUGGCCCGGGCGAGCAUGCUGGCUGUGUGGGGUGUUCCUUUUGCAUGGACCAUAUUCCCAAUCUCGAGCAUCUGCGCAGCCGAAAUACCUCGUUUGCCGCUGUCGCUACUGCCCCAUUGUCUGAGAUCACUACAUAUCGAAAGAGGAUGGGAUGGAAAUUUCCUUUUUACAGUUCUGCUAAAACUCAUCAGGCAUGGAAAGAGGCUGAGCAGGCGGGCGAGACUGUUACUUGGAAGCCUGGCAAUGGGUAUUUCGGUCUCUGCGUUUUUAUCAAAGAUGGUGAUCGCGUCUUCCAUACUUAUGACACUACCGCUCGGGGGGUGGAAAGUAUUCUGUCGACAUACCAUCUGUUGGAUAUGACGCCGAUGGGUCGGCAGGAGGUCGGCAAUGGGAUGAAUGGAUUUAGUCUUCAUGAUGAGUAUGGAGUCGAAAAGUAA